AUGGCCUUCUCGCUGGCACUCUUCUUUCGUGUCGUCUACGGCAGCUCCUAUACCUUCUUGCACCUUCUUUUGCUGGCGCUGUUGAUGGUUAGUCCCGGCGACAUCAUCAACCAGUCUCGCCUGCGUCAUAAUGUCUAUCCGAUCUUCAUUGUGUCCAUCUGCUACCUCUCGGCCGUCUUCAUCGCAGGCUUCGUCUACAUGGGCCGGCUCUACAUCAACCGCUCUGUCCUCAACUCGAUUCCAAAAGCAUGGGUGCCGAUCGAGAAGGGCGAUGUCAACAAACGGGUACGCGAGAUGAUUGCUACUGGACUCAGCGUCAGCGCGGCCGUGGCCUUUCACGCUCAGCCGCGCGUUCUGCCGCCCUUUUCUCCAGCCAGCGACGGUUGUGUGGACGACAGGAACGGGAAUAUCAUCGGUCUUGGCGAAGAGUUGCCGGCUGACGCUGGCGCUAGCGUUCCCUCAGGAGGGGGAGGUCUGGACAAGUUCAUUCGUUUAAAGAAGGUGGCCACGGCCGAGCAGAAACCGGGUAUCGCCGACUUGCCGCCAUUUCUGCCCGUUUGGGGCACCAUCGAACAUCCAGGCUGGGCUCCGCCCGAUACUGGUGAUGACUUGGCCAACCUGCAGUACAGCACCGUUGUGGCCGAGCUGCCGAGCCUGAUUGAAGCCCAGGCCGUGAUGCUGGCUCCACCAGCACCAACAACAGACACUGACGCCUAUGGUCAACAUCUCGGGCCGCCGAGAUUGGGAGAAGCAUUUUCCAUUGACCCAGAGGCCGUUGCGCUGCUGCAGAGACUUCCCACCAUGGGCCUGCGCAGCUACCUCGCUCAUCUAGCUGAGCUGGGCGUCAUCAACAUUGAUGACGAAGGUGACGAGGAGGUCAAGGGUGAUAGUCUUGGUAAGGACGGGCGUUCUCUCGGCACAGUCGUCUCCUCGUUUCUCGCCACAUACGAGUACGCUCGCUUCUCAGCGCAGAUGUUGACGCAGGCGCAAUUCCGCCAGCUGAUGCACGAUCUUGCGACCCUGCUGCGCCGCAUGACGCCACUGGAUCCGGACCGCCUUUUUGACGACGAUGAAUACCCCAUCUACGAUGGCCAGAGCUUUACAGAGAGCGCCCACAGUGCUGCGUACUCCACCGAGGACGUCGACAGCAAUGCGGCUCGCUCCACACCCACGACGGUCCGCAGUCUCAGCCGGCAGAGCAGCGCUGCCAGCCGACAAGUACGCCGGCUUCAGGGGCACCAUGCCAUCCUGGCGGCGCAUCUGUCACGGUCUGGCUCGACGAGGACGACGAGGACGACGAGCUCGGGCAUCAGCAGUUCCAGCGGUUUCAGUAAUAUGAGCAGCAGCACCAAUGGCAGCGGAAACAGCAACGGGACGAGCAGAUUCCACAGGCCGCGGCCUGUCAGCCCAACGCCUACCACUUCUGCAUCUGUGCUGAACGCGUAUGCCUCCUCGGCCGCUGAUCGCCGACAGCAGCAGCAGCAACGAAUCCGCCAGCGGCUGGGAGACGGUUCGCUGAUACUGCCCAAGAGCCGUCGGAAGGCGGCGGCGGCAGCACCCUCGGUCGUCAUGUCUCGCCCGUCCAGUGCCAGUAGCUUUGCGCCAUCCCGACACUUGUACCCCCUCAGCAGGGCAUCAAACUCGAGUCUGCGCUCGGCCACGUCUAGCGGCUCUGUCAUCCGGCUAGCGGAUCAUGGAGAUUCAUCGGCUCUGCCCUACGUUCUGCUGCCAAUGGCAGCUCAUGGCGGUUCCUAA